UGAUAAUUAACCGUGUAAUGAUAGUGAAUAAUUAUAGAUUUGUAGAUUUUCAAAUCAAAAUGCAGGUCGGCAUCGCGAACCGCAGCCAUUACAGCAAUCGUACAUCAAAAGUUCCCGAUUAAUUAUAUAAUUCGGGAUUUUUAAUCCGAUGACUAUAGUGACAAUUAUACAGUAAACUAUCAUGUUUGAUAAACUUAGACUCAAGGAAAAGGCUGGUAAGAUAAAAGAAUCUGGACCGGUAGUUAGUCCUGGUCAACCACCAUCAAUUCGAGAGAUUUAUCAAUCUAGAAGAAACUAUGGGGUAAAUUUAGGGUCUUGCUUUAUUCAAGAGAAAUGGAUAUUUCAUGACUUAUUCCAUGGGAAUGCUUCUUGUGAAUUGGAAUUAGCUGGUCAAUUGAGUAAGGAAUUGGGUAAUGAAGGAGCUAGAAGUAAAUUAGAAGAAUUUUGGAAUGGAUUUGUUAAUGAAGAUGAUUGGAAAUGGUUACAAGAUCAUGAAGUAACAUCUGUUCGAGUUCCAUUAGGAUAUUGGAAUGUUGGAGGUGGGAAAUUUACUAAAGAUACUAAAUUUGAGAAAUAUGCUCUGAAAGUUUAUGGUAAUUCAUGGACAAUAUUUAAAUCGAAAUUUAUAGAACCGGCUGCAGCCCAUGGAAUUUCUGUUUUAGUUGAUAUUCAUGGUUUACCAUUUGGAGCUAAUGGGGCAGAUCAUAGUGGAGAACAAUCUUCUGGUGAAGCCAAAUUUUGGGAGAAUGAAUCUGCUCAAUUACAAAUGUUAAGUUUAUUUUCCUUUAUAGCAGAAGAUUUGAAAGGUUAUGAUAAUAUAGCUGGAAUUCAAGUAGUUAAUGAAUCUGUAUUUGCCGAUGAACCAGCUAAAAGACAAAGCACUUAUUAUGCAGCUGCCAUUAAUCUGAUUAGAGAAAAAGAUUCUACUGUUCCUAUUAUUAUUUCCGAUGGUUGGUGGCCUGAUCAAUGGGUUAAAUGGAUUCAAAAUCAUCAAGAUGGUCGUAAUUUAGGUGUAGUUAUUGAUAGUCAUUGUUACAGAUGCUUUUCAGAUAGUGAUAAGAAUAAAAGUCCUAAACAAAUCAUUGAGGAUUUGAAUAAAGACUUAUUGACGAAUCUUAGUUCUCCCGGUAUUGAUUUUGUCGUUGGAGAAUAUUCAUGUGUUCUUGAUGGAUCAUCAUGGAAUAGAGAUAAUGCUCAACAAGAUAGAGAUAAUUUAGUAAUAGAAUAUGGUAAAAGACAAACCAGUCUCAUUCAUGAAAGAGCAUCAUUUGGAUCUUAUUUUUGGACAUUUAAAUUUCAAUCUGGUAAUGGAGGUGAAUGGGAUUUUAAGACUAUGACUGAUAAAGGGGCUAUAGGUGUUCCAUUUUCAAUCAAGGGUAAAUCAUUACCGGAUAGAUCAACCUUUGAACAAAAGCUUAACAAAUGCUUAGAAGAUCAUAGUAACUAUUGGAAUAAUGCCAAUCCCAAUGAACACUAUGAACAUAAGAGAUACAAAGAAGGAUUUACUACAGGAUGGUCAGAUGCCAAUAAAUUUGCUGAAUUCAAUGGUUCUACUAUCGGAAGACUUGAGCCGUGGAAAAACUCACGUUUGGCCGAACAUAUCGGAGCUCGGGGGAAGCUGGCAUUUAUAUGGGAAUGGGAACAAGGCUUUGAUGCGGGGAUUAAGGAAUUCUUAAAUAGUAUUUAGGGGAUAGUAUAGUUAGAUUGGUUUAAGAAUGUUUUUAUUAUAUAUAAGGUAUGUAGACAUAUGUAGAUAUAUAAUAUGUAUGUCGGGUCGUGUAUGGUAGCGCAGACUAUGUCUGUCUCUGUUCGGCCUGCCUGUCCGCUUAUACAGGAGCCAAAUUUGGCAGGCGAAUAUAAACCGAUGUCCUAUUACAAAUCCACC